GCCUGGGAAAGAGGUUGGCACGGCUGUGGCGAAAGAGGGCGGGCCAAUAGGCCGAGAGAGGGGCGGGUGGGAGCAGACCUAUUUUCCAGCCGCUGUGAAGCAAGGAGAGAGACCGAGCAGGGCACGGCCGUGUGUCCUAGGUGCCCGAGCGGGAAAGAAAACAGGAAUCAGCGGCCCAGACGUGACAAGGAGCAGCCGACAUGCCUGCCACGGGAGGGGACCCCAAGGGAGAGGAUUACUCCACAGCCAUCCUGCGCCAAAAGCAUCGUCCUAAUCGCCUCAUUGUAGAUGAAGCAGCCAAUGAAGACAACAGUAUUUUGAGUCUGUCCCAGGCGAAAAUGGAAGAACUGCACUUGUUCCGUGGAGACACGGUGCUAAUGAAGGGAAAGAAACGCAGGGAGACAGUAUGCAUUGUUCUUACUGAUGACACCUGCCAGAAUGAGAAGAUUCGAAUGAACCGCGUCACCCGUAACAACCUCCGUGUGCGCCUUGGAGAUGUGGUCAGUGUACAGGCCUGUCCGGAUGUGAAGUAUGGAAAGAGGAUUCAUGUACUCCCCAUCGAUGACACUAUUGCAGGGUUGACUGGGAACCUCUUUGAAGUUUACCUCAAACCAUACUUUCUGGAAGCCUAUCGUCCUGUACAUAAAGGUGAUAUCUUCCUUGUACGUGGUGGAAUGAGGGCUGUGGAAUUUAAGGUGGUGGAAGUAGAUCCCAGUCCCCACUGCAUUGUUGCUCCUGACACAAUUAUCCAUUGUGAGGGGGAGCCCAUCAAACGAGAGGAUGAAGAGGAGAGCCUCAAUGAUGUUGGCUAUGAUGACAUCGGGGGCUGCCGUAAACAGUUGGCUCAGAUCAAAGAGAUGGUAGAACUGCCAUUGAGACACCCAGCGCUCUUCAAAGCGAUUGGAGUGAAGCCUCCAAGAGGGAUUCUUCUUUAUGGCCCACCUGGAACUGGAAAAACACUUGUAGCUCGGGCAGUUGCAAAUGAAACUGGAGCAUUUUUUUUCCUUAUCAAUGGCCCAGAGAUCAUGAGCAAGCUGGCUGGGGAAUCUGAGAGCAACUUACGCAAAGCCUUUGAAGAGGCUGAGAAGAAUGCUCCAGCUAUUAUCUUUAUUGAUGAACUAGAUGCUAUUGCUCCCAAGAGGGAGAAGACACAUGGGGAAGUGGAACGCCGGAUUGUUUCCCAACUCCUGACCCUCAUGGAUGGCCUGAAGCAACGCUCUCAUGUCAUAGUUAUGGCUGCCACUAACCGACCAAACAGUAUUGAUCCUGCUUUGCGUCGAUUUGGGCGCUUUGAUCGAGAAAUUGACAUUGGAAUUCCAGAUUCAGUGGGAAGGCUGGAAAUCUUACAGAUACAUACCAAGAACAUGAAACUGGCUGAUGAUGUGGACCUGGAGAAGGUGGCCAAUGAGACCCAUGGUCAUGUGGGUGCUGAUCUGGCAGCAUUGUGUUCCGAGGCAGCACUCCAAGCAAUCCGUAAGAAGAUGAGUGUCAUUGACCUGGAGGACGAUACAAUCGAUGCUGACAUCCUUAAUGCUAUGGCUGUCACCAUGGAUGAUUUCCAGUGGGCUCUUGGCCAGAGCAACCCUUCUGCCCUAAGGGAGACCGUAGUGGAAGUGCCGCAGGUCUCCUGGGAUGACAUUGGGGGCUUGCAGGAAGUGAAACGUGAGCUACAAGAACUGGUGCAGUUCCCAGUGGAGUAUCCGGACAAGUUCCUGAAGUUUGGAAUGACACCUUCACGAGGUGUCCUGUUCUAUGGGCCCCCUGGCUGUGGCAAGACACUCCUGGCAAAGGCCAUUGCAAACGAAUGCCAGGCCAACUUUGUCUCCAUCAAGGGUCCUGAGCUACUCACCAUGUGGUUUGGAGAGAGUGAAGCCAAUGUCCGUGAUGUUUUUGACAAGGCCCGCCAGGCUGCUCCCUGCAUCCUGUUUUUUGAUGAGCUGGACUCCAUUGCCAAGGCCCGAGGUGGCGGAGCAGGGGAUGGUGGGGGUGCAGCUGACCGUGUCAUCAACCAAAUCCUCACAGAAAUGGAUGGCAUGACCAAUAAGAAGACAGUAUUUAUUAUAGGUGCCACCAAUAGACCAGACAUCAUUGACCCAGCCAUCCUUCGUCCAGGACGUCUGGACCAGCUCAUCUACAUCCCAUUACCUGAUGACAAAUCUCGUGUAGCGAUCCUCCAAGCCAACUUGAGAAAAUCACCAGUUGCCAAGGAUGUCGACUUGAAUUAUCUAGCUAAGAUCACACACGGCUUCUCGGGUGCUGACCUCACCGAAAUCUGUCAGCGUGCCUGCAAGCUUGCCAUCCGUGAGGCCAUUGAGAUGGAGAUCAAGGCAGAACGGGAACGCCAGCGUCAGAAGUACGCUGCCAUGGAUGAUGAUUAUGACCCAGUGCCAGAGAUCCGGCGGGAUCACUUUGAAGAAGCAAUGCGCUUUGCACGCCGUUCGGUUAGCGAUAAUGAUAUACGCAAAUAUGAGAUGUUUGCUCAGACGUUACAGCAGAGCCGUGGCUUUGGCAACUUCAGGUUUCCAUCAGGCAAGCAGACCAGUGGUGGAGGGGGCAGCAGUGGCAGCAACAGCGGGCAAGGAAGCCUCUUCCAGGAGGAGGGAGAAGACGACCUCUAUAACUGAUUGUACGGGAAACGCCCCCUUGUGGUGGGAGUGGAUGGUCCUGUGCGCUCAUAUUAUUGUGCUCUUUAAUGUAAGGACUGACUGAUGCUUGAGGCCCUAAACCCUGCCCUCCUCCUUGGUUACAGAUCUGCGCUACUCAACACAAGAAAACCUCAUGCUUUGUUUUGGUGGGUAAUGUUGGGUGCCACUUCCUUUUCUGUCUGGCUUGGCUGUGGCCAGGAAUCCCUUGGUUUUUCCACUCUUUUUUUUUUUUUUUUUAAGAUUAAAGCAGUACCUGUGGCAGUCAGAAGGGGGAGACAAAGCUUAAAAGCAGCUGUCAUGAGAAUUUAACCAUUCUCCAUCAGACUGGUCCAUCUGUUCUAGCGUUUUGCUUUCCAUAACAAUCAGGAAGCUGCCCGUUGAAGCUCAGAUGCGGGAUUAAGGCUUCCCGUAUACCAGGCCUCUGCCCACAAGUGCAUCAGAAUGCUUCACACCAGUGCCUGCUCUUGUAUUGGCUUCCAGUUUAGAACACAAGGGAAUGGAGGAUGGGCGGUUUUCCAAUCCUGCUUGCAAGCCAGUCCAAACUGUUCCCUUUGACCCCUCUUAGCCCACAGCAAAGCCUUUGGACUAGUAAAUAAGGUGGAUUUCAACAAACUCUGGUCUGUGUUAUUAGGUGACAAAGACUUCCGAAUGUCCAAUAAACUGAAAGCGCACGCA